AGAAGGAUCGCGGAAUUGAAAUGCGCGUCUUGAACCUCCUGUGAACACGAGAUAGAAGCAUCCGCACGCCUUAACACAACCAACAAUCGCGUCCAUCUCCGCAGUGCGAUUCUCUGUCAACAAAGAGAUCUGUCUCACUUGUAUACAUAUCCUUUGACGGCGCGGCGCAGUCAUGGCGUCGAAAGCCUUACACGAUCGCGUUAUGCAUGGCGUGUCCUCCAACUCGCCUCUUCCACCUUCCGUCGAAACUGCGUAUUACAGGAAAUGCAUCGAGCUCAAGCGGCGUAUCAACGAGAUCGAAGAGAACAAUGACACCUUACGCGUCAAGAAGAUGCGUAUCGAGCGUGCCAUUCUUAAGAUGCGCCUAGAACGUGCCAUGCUUCUCGAGCAGAUUGCAGCGAAGAUGAAGGACAAUCCAGACGAUAGUGACGACAGCAACAGCCCGCCACCCACGGUAAGUGUCGGUACUGAUCUUCACUGGCGGGCUCGGGCACUAAGUCAUCUGGGGCAGCCGCAAGAUAGACCGUUGCGAUCGAAGCGUGCACAUAGGAAGACGACGCCCCCGCCGGCCGGGGGCACAAACGCAGUGCCGGCUAGCUCUCCUGUACCGCAGAGCACAUCAGGCGCACCGGCAAACUCAGGAACAGCAGUGACGGAGACGCCCGAUGCUGCCAGGUCUCAUUCCUUACGCGAAUACGUCCCAACAUCAGCGGAGGCGACGCCCGCGCCUGCUAACGGCACUCCUGUCCAACUGCCGUCGUUAUCAUCGCAACUUCCUCCCUCAGUCACACCGGCGCCUGCUGCUACACCUCAGUCGGCGCCCUCUGGAUUUGCAGCAAUCGACAAUCCGGCUCCACAGGAAAACGGGGAUACAGAGAUGGCGGGGGCUGGGGACAGAUGAGAAACAUCAGUGCAUAUGUACAACUAGGAGUCUUUCUCAGCUGGAUGAGAUUCACGGCGUUUUUGAUUCAACGGUCGGGUCUAAAAUAUAGUAUCGUGGCCAACUAUUGAAGGCGUAGAAAAGAAGUUGGCGCGUGAUUUUUGAAAUAAUCCAGGUCGGAUAUGAAAAUCAGGUGGCCUUGGAAGCUGCCAUUUUUUGUCACAAAAAUUGAAGCGUACACUCUAGCCGCUUUUUUCAUUUCUACCUGUUGCUAUUCUGCAUUGCCUGGGCAGCAAAACAAGGUCGUCACAGUUCGACAAGGGGAACGGGCUGUCGCUGGGGUUUCCACGACGAAUGCUUCAGCACGAGAGUUUGACCAGUUGGUCGUUCUCAUCAGCGCACAAGCCUUGAUAGAAGCCGUAAUGAAUAUGGUGAAGGGGUUGGCG